CUCCAGUGACACGAGACAUUUAUGCUCCGCGAGAUAAAACUGCCACUUAGAGCCCCAGGAGCGCUAAACCUUCCUGGGUUGGCCUGGGGGCUGGAGCAGAGUCAUGGGUUCCGUGGUCCUGCAGCUGUGCACUCUCUCCUGCCUGCUGGUUCACUCGGUUUCUGGCAACCCUAUCAUGAGUCUGGAGCAGUCACCCCUGGAAGAAGACAUGCCCCUCUUCGACGAUGUCUUCUCAGAGCAAGAUGGUGUAGACUUCAACACACUGCUACAGAGCAUGAAGAAUGAGUUUCUCAAGACAUUGAACCUGUCUGACAUCCCCAUGCAGGACUCGGCCAAGGUUGACCCACCAGAGUACAUGCUGGAGCUCUACAACAAAUUCGCGACAGAUCGCACCUCCAUGCCAUCGGCUAACAUCAUCAGGAGUUUCAAGAAUGAAGAUCUGUUUUCCCAACCAGCCAGUUUUAACGGACUCCGAAAAUACCCUCUCCUCUUCAAUGUAUCCAUCCCUCACCAUGAAGACAUCAUCAUGGCUGAACUCAGGUUGUACACCCUGGUGCAAAGAGACCGCCUUAUAUAUGAAGGAGUGGACCGAAAAAUCACCAUUUUUGAAGUACUUGAGAGCAAAGAGGACCAUGAAGGGGAAAGAAACAUGCUGGUCUUGGUGUCAGGGGAGAUCUACGGAACCAACAGUGAGUGGGAGACUUUUGAUGUCACGGAUGCCAUCAGGCAUUGGCAAAAGUCAGGCUCAUCCACCCACCAGCUGGAGGUCCACAUUGAGAGCAAACACGAAAUGGAGGACACACUUGGCAGGGGACAGCUGGAAAUAGACACUAGUGCCCGGAAUAAGCACGAUCCUUUGCUUGUCGUGUUUUCUGAUGACCAAAGCAGUGAGAAGGAGCGGAAAGAGGAACUGGAUGAAAUGAUCGCCCAUGAGCAAUUCCCAGAGAUGGACAACCUGGAUUUGGACGGUUAUUCCAACGGACCUGGGGAAGAGGCUUUGCUGCAGAUGAGAUCGAAUAUCAUCUAUGACUCCACUGCCCGCAUCAGAAGGAAUGCAAAAGGAAACUACUGCAAGAGGACCCCGCUCUACAUCGACUUCAAGGAGAUUGGCUGGGACUCCUGGAUCAUCGCUCCACCUGGAUAUGAAGCCUAUGAAUGUCGUGGUGUUUGCAACUACCCCCUGGCAGAGCAUCUCACCCCCACAAAGCAUGCGAUUAUCCAGGCCUUGGUCCACCUCAAGAAUUCCCAGAAGGCUUCCAAAGCCUGCUGUGUGCCCACCAAGCUCGAGCCCAUCUCCAUCCUCUAUUUAGAUAAGGGCGUCGUCACCUACAAGUUUAAAUAUGAGGGCAUGGCUGUCUCUGAAUGUGGCUGUAGAUAGGAGAGGAAUCCUGUGGCUUAUUUAAUAACUGUAAAUGUGUAUAUUUUGUGUUCCUAUUUAAUGAGAUUAUUUAAUAAGGGUGUACAGAUAAUAGAGGCUUGCUGCCUUAGGGAAUUUGACAGGUGGGUUUGUUGUAGGAAAUCCAUGUUUUACUCUACAGUCGAGUCCCUUCCAAUCUAUUUUUCUUUGGACUUACCAUGUCCUGGCAAUGCCAUCUCUAACAGCAAGGGGCAAGCCCACACUACUUGCCUUCUAUGUCAAUUUGAAAGGAACACCGCUAAGCAGAAAUACAGUGUCAAGAGAGGUAGAUAUUUGUGUAUGUAUAUGUGUACAUAGAUAAGCUUAUCAACCCUUUUGGAUCUAUAGGAGCAGAUUCUACUCACAUGCACCAUCAAAUGUGUAUAUCUUAAAAGCCAGUGGGAAGGUCUCAGUCACCUCUUCUCUGAGUAGGAUUUACAUCAAGAUAAAUUGCACCAGGAAUUUAACCAUCCUAGAGCUAUUACAUCUCUUCAGUACUCUUGGAACUCUAGAUGCAGCUUUGGUGAGUUGAAUUUCUGUCAUUACUCAGAGCAGCAAGGCCUGGCAAAGAGGCUGUACAUUUGAGGGGAGGGCUUGUUUGAUACAGAAACCAAAGGCCUUCAAAGGGCAGUGGCCUUAAGGGACAAUAGCAAGGAAGGAGCCCAUGGGAGACUAGUGUGCUUUCGAAGGUGAUGCCUUGUCAAGAAAGGAAAGCAGGGGACUUCGUCUGUUCCUGAGGUGAUAGAAGAUUCAAGGCCUUGUGUGUUGGCCUUUAUGGCUACAGAGGGUGUGGGAGGUGGGAGAGGCUCCUAGGGGAGGAGGGGCAAAGAAUAGAGAUGUCCCAGGACUGUUUGUAACAGUAUGCUGCUGCUAAGUCACUUCAGUCGUGUCCGACUCUGUGCGACCCCAUAGACGGCA